GCGCGCGCGUUUCGUGAUAACGCGACGACGACGACGACCGCCGCCGCCGCCGCCGCUGCCGCCGACGGCUAUGCACUCAGUACGCGUUUGAUAUCCGUCCACGGUGCAACUGCAGCCGUUCCGUGUUCUCUACACGUGACCACGCGUUGCCGGCUCGGCCGUGCGCACAACAAUAUUGUACACUGUACUUAAUAAUAAUAUUAAUAUUUAACAUAAUAAUAAUAAUAACCACUACAACAUAUGCGAACCGUCAUACGUCGGCCCUGUGCCUUGUCGCUUGGAAUUUUUUUUUAAGAAAAAAAAAAUCACGCGGCAGUGAUAUAUAAUAUUAUUAUUAUCAUUUUAUUAUUAUUAGCGUUGUUUGUUAUUUAUUUUGUUUGAUUUUUAAAAUUUUUAUCCGAUCUCGAUUUUCCUGACGGGAAAUCCCGAAACGGCUACACGCUGCAGCCGUUGUCGCCACCGACGUCGCCUACUCCGCCUUCGCCAUUUCAGCGUAGUAAUUCACACGCAAAGAUGGAGCAUUCACCAUAUUCGCAAAGUCCGAGUCCAUCAUCGUCAUUGGUAAACUUUCCAACACCUACAAACUUACCAGAUAUCAGAUUACACAGACCAUUUAGUCAGAUGCACGACCUCAAGCACCUACACAUUCCGUUCAAUAUGAGGUUCAUGGAGAACUACCCGGCUCUACCCGCGCACCUGCUGCAUCAUCUGCAACCGCCGUUCUUGCAUCCGGCGCUGGAUCCGCGGCUAUCGUUUUCGCCGGCGGGAGUGUUUCAACCGCUCGGCUCGCCAAGUCCGCACCACCAACAUCCGCACCACCAACAUCAUUCGCACCACUCGGCCGCCGCGGCCGCGGCUAGUCUCAAAGGGUUCACUUCGGCGUUUGCGCCCCCGUCCAAAUGCUACAAGAUAGACGACAAACAGACAUCGCACGCCGAAGGAGCUGCACAACAGCAGCAGCAGCAGCAACAACAGCAGCAUCACCAACAACAACAACAGCAGCAGCAACAGCAGCAACAACAACACCAGCAACAACCGGUGCCACCGUCGUUUCCGUAUCCUCCCAGGAGGAGUCCUUGUUCACCGGGCAACAUGCCAGUAUCGCCGCCGUCGUCCAACGCCACCGCGACAUUGCACCAGCAACACAAGGACGAAUGCUCGGACAGGGACACACCGAGUUCCGGCGCGAUUUCCGAAGACGGCAGGAUGAUUAGAAGGAAAAAACUGUCGCCGCCCAUGUCGACGGCCGGGACACCGACGCCGGCGGCCAACGGCGGUGCCGGAUCGACGGCCGUCUCCGGGACGACGGCCGCCGCGGCCGUGGCCAACAACAACAACAAUCACAACAACAACAACAACAACGGAUCGUCGAUCAAGCAGCAACAGCAACAGCAGCAACAGCAGCAGCAGCAGCAACAGCAAUCUUCGGCCGGCGGCGGCCAACAGCUGCAGCAGAUGUCCGGGGCCGCGGCGGGCUGCUGUCCCGUGUGCGGGACGACGCUCCGCACGGCCCACGAGCUCGAGUCGCACUUCAUCUGGGAACUGGAACGGCUCUACAAGCAAGCGGCCGCGGCCGGACGCCGGCACCGGGGAGGAGGCGCGGCCGAUAAGCUGCAGGGCGACGGUCACCACGUGCACGGUCUCAUGGUGUGCUCCAGGGACGGCGGCCGUUUGUCGCCGGUCGCCGGCGGCAGCAGCAGGGACGCGACGCUGCACGGCCGAUGGGAGACAUAUCAAAAAGUCAAGGCCAACCGACACAACCGGUUGAGGAUCAAAAAUCGGAAACGGAAACCCGACGAGAUGCUUUUGACGCCGACGCCAGCAACAUGCUGCUGCCCCGUUUGCAAUGAACCCGUGGCCGCAGCGACCCAGGAGCAGAUGAACGCUCACGUGGAAAUGUGCCUGAGAAACAAAGGACACCCGGCAGUGGCGACCGCAGGUAACGACGAUGAAGACGAAAACGUGGACGUGGAAGGCGAUACCGAGACGACGAUGUACGACAUCGUAUAUGGCGGUGGCAAUAACGGAUGGCACGGCCAACAGCCGCACAACAGGAUGAGACCGCAGCCGAUGCUCAUGCACGGCGGUGCAUACAACAGAGGUACCGCAUCCGUGCCGAUCAACUGUUCCGGCCCCGGAAAUCCGGCCCAGCAGCCACCGCCCAGACAGUCGGCGACCGGUGGCGAAGACUCGGCCGGCGGUGCCGAAGACGCUGUGUUGGUGGUCGACGACAACGACAACGAAAACGGCGGAAGCAGCAGCGGCAGCAUAUACAACAAGUACGGCCCUAACCAGUACGCCGAACGGGACGUAAUCGUCCCGUCACGUCCUCCUACCGCUUCUUCGGAGAGUCGCCGACUUUCACCCGCCGAGCUGAACGAUUCGAACGCAAUGGAGGCGAUGGACUCGUGCGAAAACGUCGGGCCGCUGGACGUGUCGAUCAAAAAGGAAAACACACAAGACGAAGGGACUGUGAAACCCAAAAUGGACGUCGACAAGUACUGCGCACAGUUCAACAACAACGGUCAGGUCGUCGAAGCACUAAAAGCUCGGAUCCGGGAACUAGAGUCGGCGUCCAAGACCGGAAGCGACAAGUUUACUUGUCUAUUGUGCAAAGGAAAUUUCAAAGAUCCCGUCGUGUCGACGUCGUGCUGGCACGUGUACUGCGAAGUGUGCUGGCUACAAAUACUGGGUGCUAAAAAGCUGUGUCCGCAGUGUUAUGUGAUAACGCUUCCGUCCAACUUGCGUCGCGUUUACCUUUAAAGCGACCGAGGAGCUCUGCAGACUCUUCAACGGCGGCCAACACUGCAGCCAAAAAUGUCUCCGGCGGGUGGCUGCUCGUCUCCGUCACCACCGCGGGACAUCGCAUGUUAUAUUUAUUUGUAAAUUAUUUCAUUGUAAUUUUUAUUUUUCCCGGUUUUCCGCGUGUUUUCUCUCCGAUUUCGUUUCCAAAUUUAUUAUUGUACAAACCUUUUCGCAAACGGUGUACGAUACGUCGUCAUGUUAUAUGUACAAUACACUGUACACCCGCAUUAUAUUAUCCUAUUAUUAAAUCCUAUAUUUAUAUACAUAUGACUUUAGGACGCGUACGUUGUCGCCGCACAGCGUACAGAUGGUACCUUUGUACAUAAUACAUAAUAUGAAGUGUAUACCUAUAUGGCAUUUAAGCGUUUUCCGUUUAUUUAUCCGGUCAUGUCCCGUACCUUCAAACCACACCUCCCCACCAAAAAACAAAAAAAAACCACCCGACAACGACGAUGACACUUUAACGUUCCCAGCUCUUCUCACAGCCAUCAAAUCCAAAAACCAUCGCGCAAUAAUAUAGCGGACAUAUCCAUGUACAAUAUAUAUAUUAUACAUUACUAUAUUGUAAAUCGAACACAAGUCGGCCUAUACACAGAAUUAUUAUUUGUACAUAGGUACCUAUGUACACUAUUAUAAUAUGACCUACUUACUCGCGCACAACCAUUACCGCCUCCGCGUGACACCACUAAACCAUUCGAUAAAUACACCACUCGAGCACGAUUAUACAGACAGUGUUAGGUACUGAAUACGCUCGGGGGCGCAUUGUAAAUAUUUCCAAGUCACUUUAAAACAAUAUAAAACCGUACCUAUAUAUUAUGUAUAUAACAGUCCGAUGACGGUCUCACCCGCGUUCUGCAGUAGGUAUUCGGAACUCGAUAUCGUAACUCCUUCCCCUCACCGCCCGGCCGCGGCGCUGAGUUUUACUCUGGCCUCGGUAUAGUUAUAAAUAUAUUAUAAAUCUUCGUGUACAUACACGGACGAAACGACAUCAAAAAGUCUAAAAUGCUUCCCACCGUUCCACCCCUAUCGCCAGUUUUAUCGGUUCGACGGUCAAUCGCACCGCGGUGAAAAACGCACCCCUCGAUAUACGCGUGUGUGGGUGUGCGCGAGCGUGUAGUCAUAUUCACUGGCACGUGUGUUAAAAAUUAUGUACAUUAUUUAUAUAACAUUAUAUAAUGAUAACGAUAUACUUACGUUAUGUUUUUUUUCUUCUUAUUAGUGAAAGUAGAUGUUUAAUAUUAUUAUAUAUUUAUAAUGCAUAGGGAUAAUCGCUUUGUCGUUUGACGUUAGCAAAAAAAAAAAAAAAAAAUUAAGUAAAAACGUCAUCAUAUUAUGUGCUAUGACUGCGAAUCUUCAUUAGUCUUAUUAGAAACAUUUAAGCAUAAUAUAUACAUUACAAUAUAACAUUAUAGUUUAAAUUUAAAAGUAACUUUAAUAUUAUAUUAUAUAAUAGGUACCUAUAUAGGAACUGUUAAUCUAAUGAUAAUGUUAUAUUAUAUUAUUAUACCUAUAAGCCAUUGGUGCAUUUUUGUUAAAAUCGAUGAAACGCGUGCUGCGUAAACGAUUGCAGAGAUAAAAAAUGAAAAAUUUUAAAAUACCAAAAUUACUAGGUUUAGUUCCCGAGUAGAUACAAAAGAAAGCGUCGUAAUUUGCGCGCGUUAAAGUCACGAACGGAAAGUUUUUCAACAACUCGCGACUGUCGGGUCGAGUGCAGAAACGUUAAUGAAACGGUUUUCGAACACUUUGAUACAAUGAUAAUAAUAAUAGUAAAAAAAUAAAGGCCGGUAGAAUUAAUAAGCUUAUAUACCUAACCACGCAGGGUGUAAAAACACCGAAAUCUAACAAAAUGUGUGAGUAAUAAAACUGAAAUGAUACAACAGCGAAAUAAUCGAUACUUAACGGAGAACUCGUGAGGCGAUUUCUUUCAGAUUUUUUUUUUAUUCUUUUCGUUUUUUUCACGACCGUGUUUUUACGAAAUUUGUAACCCCGUGACCGGCCGUAACAGUACGUUUUGCCAAUUCAACGUGGACGAAUGUUAAUAUUAAUAAUUAUUGAAAUUCUAGCUGUAGACGACUUAACUUCCGUUCCAAUACGUGCGCCGCGUUGUGAUGCCGAACGAUAUUAUAAAAAAAAUAAAAUAAAAAAAUAACCUAAAUAUUAUAACCGAUAAAAUUUUAAAUCUAUAUUAUAUUUCAUUAUUAUAUUCAACUGUAUAUUGUGUUUCGUCUCCUAUAUAAUAUAUCUGGCGUUUAUCAUAAUGAGAAAAACGUGUUAUUAUAUUAUUAUUAUUAAUUAUUAUUAUUGUAAUUAUUAUUACUAUUAUUAUUAUUAUUAUUAUUAUUAUUAUUAUGAUUAUUAUUAUUACUAUUAUUAUUAUUAUAUUAUUAUUAUUAUUAUUAUUAUUAUUAUUAUUAUCGUCAUCAUCAUUAUUAUUAUUAACUAUUAUACUUUAUGUUUCUUCACAAA